AUGAAGAAGGACAAGAAGCGACCGAUCGGCGGCGACGGAAGGGGCGACGGAGGCGCGCGCGAGCGACCCGGCGGAGGCGACGACGCGCGCGCCGCGAAGCGAUGGCGCGGAGGGAACGAGAAAAAGCGCACGAAGCACGCCGCCGCCGGGACGAGCGACGGGCGCGGCGUCAAGCCGACGACGAAGAACGCGCUGCGGACCGCGCAGCUCGACAAAGCGCAGCUGCUUCUGUUUCGAAAGUUCGACUACGGCGCGCUGCUGUGGCGGAAGUACUACCGCGCGCAGGGCAUCUUCCGCGACGACGACGAGCUCGACGACACCGCGGCGGCGUUCGCGACGCCGCUGCCCGUGACGUUCCGCCUCCACGCGACGGACGCGCGCGCGAACCAUCUGAAGAAACGCCUGAAGGAGCUGCAAAAGGUCGCGCUCGUGAAGCCACUGCCGUGGAUGCCGAAUCGCGAGGGAUGGCAGGUGGUCUCGACGCGCGCCGCGGGCGACGACGAAGACAGUCAUCAUCGUCAUCAUCGUCGGCGUCGGAGAGAGAAACUCCCCGCCGCCGUCGCGGAGGUCGUCGACCGCGGCGCGACCGCCGGGUUACUCGCGAGACAAGAGGCGGUUUCGAUGCUCCCCGUGCUCGUGCUGAGACCGCACCUGCGCGCGGGGGACAAAGUCCUGGACGUAUGCGCGGCGCCGGGGAACAAGACGACGCAGCUCUUGGAGAUCGUGUCGCCGCCAGACUCCGCGCGGUCGUCGCCGCGCGGGCCCGGCGUCGUCGUCGCGAACGACGCGCACCCGAAUCGAAUCAAGACGCUCAGGGAAGCGAUCGAGCGCCAUAAGCGAUCGGAUCUCGAGAUGCAGUCGCUCGUGAUCACGUGCGCGAUGGGGCAGGAUCUCCCGGCGCCGACGUUCGAGGACCGCGCGAGGUCGAGCCGCGGCGGCGGCGGCGGCGGCGGCGGCGCGUCGACUUCCGCGUCGACGUCGACGUCGCGACGGCGGCGCGGAUACGACGCCGUGCUCGCGGACGUCCCUUGCAGCGGCGACGGCACGCUCCGCAAAGACCCGGACGUCCUUCGACGCUGGCACCCCGGCUUAGGGAACGCGCUGCAUCAGACGCAGCUCGCGAUCGCGUCCAGAGCGGCGGCGUUGACGCGACCGGGAGGGUAUUUUCUAUACAGCACCUGCGCGUUGAACCCGGUGGAGGACGAGGCCGUCGUCGCGUCCGUGCUUCUCGGGCCGGGCGGGGAGCGGUUCGAGAUCGUGGACGGGUUCAUGGACGACGCGGGGUUGCAAAAGAUGCGGCGAAGGGAAGGGGUGAGGACGUGGGGGGUGUGCGAACACGCGUUCGCGGGCGGCGACGGCGCGCGAGGCGACGGGCUCGGAAGGUUCGACUCCGACUCGGACGGCGCCGGUUCGGAUUCUGAUUCCGACGAUGCCGACGACGUCGCGCUGAGAUGGUACGACACGUACGAGGACGCGGAGAAGGCGGGGAUGCCCGCGCGCGCGCCGAGCAUGUGGCCGCCGAGCGACGCGGCGCUCGGAGGCCGAGACUUGCACUUGGAGCGGUGCGCGCGUUUUUUGCCGCAGGACGGAGACACCGGCGGCUUCUUCGUCGCUCUGCUCAAGCGCGCCGCCGCCGACGACGCCGACGACGCCGACGUGACGGACGCGCGCCUCACGCGGACGCAGAGGCACGCGGCCGCCGCGGCGGCGCGCGCGAGCGGGGACGUCGCCGACCCCGUGCGGCCGCUUCCUUUCGGCGAGGCGGACGCCAUCGCGUCUCGACUCGGGUUGCGAGCGCGCGACGCCGCGCGUCUGUGGAUGGGCGAGCGCGGGACGGUCACGCUGACGCCAUCCGCGUCGCCGGACAUCGCGGAUCUCGGACCGGUCUCGUGCGCGGCCGCGGGCGUGAUCGCGCUCGCGCCGAGAGUCCUCGCGCACGGCGAGGACGAGGACGACUUUUUCCCGUACGACUUUACCACCGCGGGCGCCGCCGCGUUGGGCGCGAUCGCGCGGAAACGACGGUCAUGCUGA